CUUCCGAAACGCACACUUCGGGCGCUAUGCGUUGCUCGUGCUGAAGAAGGCCUCAAAGCCGAGUUGUUUCGAGUGGGUGUGCUGUUAUUUCCAUUAGCUGCGACGAACGAAAUGCUGUGGGGCGAUUUCUUCGGAGAAGCAGGUGGGUCAUUGGAUGCUGCUGCACCGUCAGAAGCAAGAUCUUUGCUGGUUUUGGAUGGCGUCGGCUGUGAAUUCCUUGAAUCCGACUCGGGAACCUGA